UAGUGGAACAGUUGUUGACUUGUUGGUGUGCUAAAUCCAUGAAUGUAGCUUCUCCUCUGUGACUCUUUUCACUCUGGACCUUCGAUCUUUUUUAUUUAACAAAAGGAUAUACAAAAACUCUGAGUCAUUGCUUCCCUAUUUUCCCUCCGAUUUACCCCCAAUUUCAGAUCAACCCCAACGAUUCCUUUACAAAGAAGCCACCUCAUUCUUGAAUCCUGAUCAUCAUUCUUCUUUAGACCCACAAAAUAUACAUAAAGAUCCGAUCUUUAUACUGUUACAAACCGACCCUUUUCAAGAUUGAUUCUAAUUUGAAACAAAUUCAUGGCUCACAUUCCAUUAAAGGCUGUGACACUGACCCAUGUUAGGUACCAGAAAGGUGAUUACUUUGGGUAUUUCUUGGCUUGGGUUUCUCUUGUUCCUGUUUUUAUUAGUCUGUGUGGAUUCACUUGUCAUUUGUUGUUUCGAAGGGAGCUUCAAGGGUUGUUUUUUGCUAUUGGUUUAGUUAUUUCUCAGUUUAUUAAUGAGCUGAUCAAAUCUACUGUGAAGCAAGCUAGGCCAAUUACUUGUGAGCUUCUUGAAUCUUGUGAUUCUCAUGGUUGGCCUUCUAGUCAUUCGCAAUUUAUGUUCUUUUUUAGUGUUUAUUAUACCCUUUUAACGCAGACGAAAUUUGGUAUCUUGAGUAGAAAUCAAAUGGGGAUGGCUCUGUUUGUGGUUUGGCCUAUGGCGGUGCUUACUUUGAUUUCCAGGGUUUAUUUGGGAUACCAUAGUGUUGUACAGGUGUUUGCGGGUGCCACAUUGGGUGCUUUGCUUGGCGGGGGUUGGUUUUAUAUUGUUAAUUAUAAGCUCAGGUCUUAUUUUCCUAUGAUCGAAGAGAGUCCAAUUGGGAGCGUGUUAUAUUUCAAGGAUACUUCACAUAUACCACAUGUGUUGAAAUUUGAGUAUGAGAAUGCAAGGGGUGCUAGGAAGCAUUCAUCAUACAAGCGUAGUGAGUGAUGAUGGAAGGAAGUCGAAUUAGGGGUGCGCCAUAUCGCCAAAUGGAUGCAUUAACGCCAUUAUGUCAUGACGCUCCUAAAUGCUUUUAAGAACGACAUAAAUACAUCGCGCGGUAACUACAAUGUUGGCUACUCUUUUAUGCUGCUUCCAAGUACAUGUAUUUGAGGUUUUGACUGACGGUAGAUAUUAGAUGUAAUUUUCCAGAACCUGUAGAUUAGUGUCGGUUCUGUGAAAUUUUGUUUCAGUCAACCCGCUUUAACUCUAACGAGAAAGACAAGAGAUUGGAGUCAUAAUUGUGCGUUUAUAGAGUGUUGUUCUGGUAUGUUGAGUUAAUUUCUGCCAGAGCAUGAUUGAUAAAAUGAUAGUCUGGUGGGCGACUUGUCAUAUUACAACACCAGAUAUUAGGACUGCGAUUAUGAUUAAAAUGGCAUUUUAGGACUACAGCUAUAUAGCAUAACAGUCUCUGUACACAUCAUAAGAGCAAGUCCAAUGCAUUGCUAUAAUUAGUUGUAUUGCUAUAAUAUAGUACUAAGUUUGCCAAAUCAUCACUCCAAUGCAUAGCUAUACUUAGUCCUAUAUAGGCAUAAAUGUAUAUUUGGUUUUGUAUGAGAUGCUUUCUAAGAAUCGAACCUCCCUUCAUGAGAAGUUGUUGAUUUGCUUGUGGAUAUUGCUUUAGAACAUCUGUAGUUGAAUCAGGAGUUCAUCUUAGCAUCAAAGUUAUAAGCAUUGCAUGAGGUCAUCUAUAGUACUUGUUUGGAAUGGUGAGUGAUUGUUGAAGUACAGUAGCCAAAGUUCUUCCUAGUUCUUUCUGCAUAAUCUUUAAUGUUGUUGGAGAAAGUGGCGCUUUCUAGUUCUUAUUACUUGUUAGUAUCUCAAGUAAUCCUUCUGAGUUCCUACUAGCAUCCUUAACCCAGCUCAUGAACUCUUGUAUGACAUUCUGUAUUACGAUUCUGUUAGUUCUGGUGAUCUUUUCCUUGUUGUCUGUACAAGAAACACAUCUUCAUAUACAGAACUCUGACUAAUGAGUAAUGAUACAGAGCUACCAUAUCUUCAUGAUAUGGUAGUUACUAGUUAAUAUGCCAUGGCCAGUGUGGUUGUUUUAACAUUAUUCAUACUUAGAAGUAAGAAUUUUUUCAUGAGAAGAUGAUCAAAACUGGGAAAAACAUCAGAAAAAAAGUUGUUGCAAACAGAAACUUCCUGGGUUGUAGAUAGCUAUGCAGUUCCAUAU